AUGACCCUAUCAAACAUGAGUGGUCAAGAAACAAAGUAUUUCAUACCUACUCAGGAAGAUAUUGAUCCCACAGCCCCAACAAGGACCGUGGACAUUAAGGCAUCAUUGACCAUAGCUGCAAGUGGCCCUCCCAUAUCAUCAGAGGAUCUCCUGCAAGGGGCUGCUCGCUUUUCUAUUAUCAAGGAAAAUGUUGAUGAUUAUUACUUUAUACAAGUAGAACUCAAGAACGACAAAGCAGAAGACAAGGACAAGAAAGUAGAAGAUGAGAACAACAAUGUGAAAUCCAAGAACAAUACAUUUUUUCACAUCCCCAGUGGUGAGGCAUUCAGCAUACCACUAUGCCAUGAUGCAAUACAAACCACUUUCGAGAUAUGCAAAGCACACAAAACAGAGUCGGAUGCAUAUUUUGCGCUCACAGAAGUCUCUCCUCAUGCUGAACCGCCCCCAAGACUGAAUGUGGAGAUUUAUCAUAUGCUCUAUUCAUCAAUGGAGUUUGAGUGGAAAGUAGCAAGCGAAAAGUUGACAGGCACUGUGGAGAACUCAUCCAGGAGUUUGUUGUCACCUAUAAGCGAGGAAGAUGUGACAGGGUCGGGCACUGGCACAGAAUUGGUCUCUGGCGAUAGCUCUGUCUCUGGCUAUGGUCCAGUCUCCAUCAAUGGUUCAGCCGAUGUGGCGACCUCCGACAAAGACACCUUAUAG